AACGGCGAGCAGAGACGCGGCUUGCAGCCUCUGAGGCACAACCAGGAGCAACCUUGUCCCUCGGGCCAGAGCGACGCCAAGCCGGACUCCGCAGCCAUGCCGGUGACCGAGAAGGACCUGGCGGAGGACGCGCCCUGGAAACGUAUCCAGCAGAACACCUUCACCCGCUGGUGCAACGAGCACCUCCGAUGCGUGAACAAGCGCAUCGGCAACCUGCAGUACGACCUGAGCGACGGGCUGCGGCUCAUCGCCCUGCUGGAGGUGCUCAGUCAGAAGCGCAUGUACCGCAAGUACCACCAGAGACCCACCUUCCGGCAGAUGCAGCUGGAGAACGUCUCGGUGGCCCUCGAGUUCCUAGAGAAGGAGAACAUCAAGCUGGUCUCUAUCGAUAGUAAAGCUAUUGUUGAUGGUAACCUGAAACUAAUCUUGGGGCUAGUAUGGACUCUUAUCCUGCAUUACUCAAUCUCUAUGCCUGUGUGGGAAGAUGAAGGAGAUGAUGAUGCCAAGAAACAGACUCCAAAGCAGAGACUGCUAGGGUGGAUUCAGAACAAAAUCCCCUACUUGCCAAUAACCAACUUUAACCAAAAUUGGCAGGAUGGCAAAGCACUGGGUGCCCUUGUUGAUAGUUGUGCUCCAGGUCUCUGCCCAGAUUGGGAAGCUUGGGACCCGAAGAAACCCGUUGAUAAUGCUCGUGAAGCCAUGCAACAAGCUGAUGACUGGCUGGGUGUCCCUCAGGUCAUCACUCCUGAAGAAAUUAUUCAUCCUGAUGUGGACGAGCACUCUGUAAUGACCUACCUGUCACAGUUCCCUAAAGCAAAACUGAAACCAGGUGCUCCUCUGAAGCCUAAACUUAAUCCAAAGAAGGCAAGAGCAUAUGGCAGAGGGGUUGAACCACAUGGAAAUAUGGUGAAGCAGCCUGCCAACUUCACUGUGGACACAAUCAGUGCUGGCCAGGGAGAAGUAAUGGUCUUUGUAGAAGACCCAGAAGGAAAUAGAGAAGAGGCCAAGGUGACUCCUGAAAAUGAUAAAAACAAGACAUAUGCUGUACAGUAUGUACCAAAGGUUACAGGACCUCACAAGGUUACAGUUCUGUUCGCUGGUCAGCACAUUUCAAAGAGUCCUUUUGAAGUAAAUGUUGACAAAGCCCAGGGAGAUGCCAGUAAAGUAACAGCAAAAGGGCCAGGCCUUGAAGCAACAGGAAAUAUAGCCAAUAAACCUACUUAUUUUGAAAUCUACACGGCAGGAGCUGGUGUUGGUGACAUAGGUGUAGAUGUGGAGGACCAUCAGGGGAAAAAUACUGUGGACGUUAUGGUGGAGGACAAAGGCAAUCAAGUCUACCGCUGUGUAUACAAGCCUCUGCAUGCUGGUCCUCAUACUAUUAGAGUGGUAUUUGCUGGAGAGCAUGUUCCAAAAAGCCCCUGGAGUGUUCUUAUUGGUGAAGCCUGCAAUCCAAAUGCCUGUCGUGCCAGUGGUAGAGGCCUUCAACCUAAAGGAGUUCGGAUCAGAGAAACAGCAGACUUCAAGGUUGAUACUAAAGCUGCAGGGAGUGGAGAUAUCCAUGUGGCAAUAAAAGGGCCAAAAGGUUUGGAGGAACUUGUGAAACAAAAGGAAUUUGUGGAUGGGGUAUAUGCAUUUGAAUACUACCCAUUAACUCCAGGGAAAUACAUUGUCACAAUCUCAUGGGGAGGCCACAACAUCCCAAAGAGCCCCUUUGAAGUCCAAGUGGGUCCUGAAGCUGGACUUCAGAAAGUAAGAGCCUGGGGGCCAGGCCUUCAUGAAGGAGUUGUUGGUAAAUCUGCUGACUUUGUCGUCGAAUCCAUUGGUCCAGAAGUGGGAUCUCUAGGCUUUGCCAUUGAAGGUCCAUCUCAAGCAAAAAUUGAAUGUGAUGAUAAGAAUGAUGGAUCGUGUGAUGUGAAGUACUGGCCAAAAGAACCUGGUGAAUAUGCAGUUCACAUCAUGUGUGAUGAUGAGGAUAUUCAAGACAGUCCUUACAUGGCAUUCAUCCAACCAGCUUCUUUAGACUUCGACUCAGACAAGGUAAAAGCUUAUGGUCCAGGUCUGGAGAGAACUGGCUGCAUUGUGAACAAUCCAGCAGAAUUUACAGUUGAUGCCAGCGAAGCUGGGAAUGCUCCUCUGAAGAUAUAUGCACAAGAUGGAGAUGGUGAUCCCAUUGAUAUUCAAAUGAAGAGCAAGCCAGGUGGAAUCUAUGCCUGCUCUUAUGUUCCAACAAAAUCAAUGAAGCACACCCUGGCUGUCACUUGGGGAGGAGCUAAUGUGCCCAAUAGCCCUUACAGGGUCCAGAUAGGACAAGGAAGUCAUCCUCAUAAAGUGAAAGUGGUUGGACCUGGAGUGGAGAGAACUGGUCUGAAAGCCAAUGAACCUACUCACUUCACUGUAGACUGUACAGAAGCAGGAGAAGGUGAUGUCAGUGUGGGCAUUAAGUGUGAUGCUCAUGUGCUAAAUGAGGAAGAACAAGACAUAGAUUUUGACAUCAUACAUAAUGCUAAUGAUACAUUCACAGUGAAAUAUACGCCACCUGCAGCUGGGCGCUACACUGUCAAAGUGCUGUUUGCUGGAGAGGAAAUUCCAACCAGCCCUUUCAGAGUGAAAGUAGAACCCUCACAUGAUGCAAGCAAAGUGAAAGCUGAAGGGCCUGGAUUAAGUAAAACUGGUGUAGAAAAUGGGAAGCCUACACACUUCACUGUCUUCACGAAAGGUGCUGGGAAAGCUCCUCUGGAUGUUCAUUUCAGUGGACCUCUGGCAAAUGCUGAAGAUGUUGUCAAAGACUUGGACAUCAUUGAUAACUAUGACUAUUCCCACACUGUAAAAUAUACUCCAGUACAGCAGGGUAACAUGAAGGUUCUAGUGACCUAUGGUGGUGAUCCGAUUCCUAAAAGUCCAUUUACUGUGGGUGUUGCAGCUCCACUUGACCUGAGUAAAAUUAAAAUCAAUGGCCUGGAAAAUAGAGUUGAAGUAGGGAAGGAUCAAGAAUUUCUGGUUGACACAAAAGGAGCUGGUGGACAAGGAAAACUUGAUGUGGCCAUUUUCAGCCCAACCCAAAAACCUUUACCGUGCUUAGUGGAGCCAGUUGUAGGCAAAGAGUGCAGCACUGCAAAGUACAUCCCAAGGGAAGAAGGCGUUUAUGCAGUUGAUGUAAGUUAUGAUGGUAAUCCAGUGCCCGGAAGCCCGUUCACUGUGGAGGCUACUCUUCCACCUGAUCCAUCCAAGGUGAGAGCCUAUGGUCCAGGCCUUCAAGGAGGCCUUGUAGGAAAACCGGCCGAGUUCACAAUAGAUACCAAAGGAGCUGGAACAGGUGGCUUAGGGUUAACAGUGGAAGGGCCAUGUGAAGCCAAAAUUGAAUGCUCAGAUAAUGGGGAUGGAACAUGCUCGGUCUCUUACCUGCCCACUAAGCCUGGUGAAUACCUUGUGAAUAUCCUGUUUGAAGAAGUUCAUAUUCCUGGCUCCCCUUUUAAAGCAGAUGUUGACAUUCCAUUUGAUCCUUCGAAAGUAGUUGCCACAGGCCCUGGACUUCAGCAUGGCAAAGUAGGUGAAGCUGGUUUGCUAAAUGUGGAUUGCUCAGAAGCUGGGCCUGGAAAGCUGGAUAUGGAAGCUGUGUCUGAUUCUGGUUCUAAAGCUGAUGUUGAAGUUCAGGAUAAUAAAGAUGGAACUUAUGCAGUCACAUAUGUGCCUCUUUCUGCUGAGAUGUAUACACUCCGGAUGAAGUAUGGUGGAGAGCCAGUGCCAAAUUUCCCAGCACGGGUCAAAGUUGAUCCAGCUGUAGACACAAGCAAAAUUCAAGUGUUUGGACCAGGAAUUGAAGGAAAAGAUGUCUUCCGUGAAGCCACGACAGAUUUCACUGUAGAUGCCAGACCCUUAACCAAAACUGGGGGAGAUCAUAUUGGAGCUCAAAUUGUAAAUCCCUCUGGAGCUUCCACAGACUGCCUCAUCAAAGAUAAUGCUGAUGGGACAUAUGCAGUAGAGUUCACUCCAUAUGAAAGAGGUCCUCACACUGUUGAAGUGACCUACGAUGAUGUGCCUGUUCCAAAUAGUCCUUUCAAAGUUGAUGUCACUGAAGGAUGUCAUCCUUCUCGUGUGCUGGCCGAAGGAUCUGGGCUUAAAGAAGCCUUCACUGAUAAACCAAAUCCAUUUACUGUUGUCACUCGAGGUGCUGGCAUUGGCGGCCUUGGGAUAACUGUUGAAGGCCCAUCAGAAUCCAAAAUAAGCUGUAAAGAUAACAAAGAUGGCAGCUGUAGUGCAGAAUACAUUCCUUAUGCUCCAGGAGAUUAUGAUGUCAACAUAACCUAUGGGGGAGAACAUAUCCCUGGCAGUCCAUUCAGAGUUCCUGUGAAAGAUGUCAUUGACCCGUACAAAGUGAAAGUUGCUGGGCCAGGUCUGGGAACAGCAGUUCGUGCCAAAAUUCCACAGUCCUUUACUGUUGACACCAGCAAGGCUGGAAUAGCACCUCUUGAGGUUAUGGUGACAGGACCCAGAGGCUUGGCAGAACCAGUUAAUAUAGUUGACAAUGGUGAUGGCACUCACACAGUGGCAUACACACCUCUGCAAGAGGGCCCAUAUACCGUAUCUGUAAAAUAUGCAAAUGAAGAGAUUGCUCGAAGCCCUUUUAAAGUCAAGGUGCUUCCGACGUAUGAUGCCAGUAAAGUGACUGCUAAUGGUCCAGGCCUUAGCUCCUAUGGAAUUCCAGCCAGUGUGCCUGCUGAGUUUGCGGUUGAUGCUAAAGAUGCAGGCCAAGGACUUCUCUCAGUAAACAUAAGUGACCAAGAAGGCAAACCAAAGAAGGUUGACAUUCACAACAACAGCGAUGGGACUUACAUUGUAACCUACAUCCCAGACAAGACUGGUCGCUAUGCAGUUGGUAUUAAAUAUGGUGGGGAUGAUAUCCCCCUCUCUCCGUAUCGAAUCCGUGUUAUGCCAGCAGGAGAUGCUAGCAAAUGCCUGGCAACAGGUCCUGGCAUUGCAGCCACUGUGAAAACUGGAGAAGAAGUUGGCUUUGUAGUAGAUGCCAAGUCUGCAGGGAAGGGUAAAGUGACAUGUACUGUUCUGACACCAGAUGGUACAGAAGCUGAAGCAGAGGUAAUUGAAAAUGAAGAUGGGACAUAUGACAUUUACUACACAGCUGCUAAACCAGGAACCUAUGUCAUUUAUGUUCGCUUUGGCGGUGUGGACAUUCCAAACAGCCCCUUCACUGUCAUGGCGACAGAUGCAGAUGACGUUGCAGUAUUAUCUCAGGAGCCACUAAAUGCAGCCUGUCCCCCUGGAUUCCAUCCCUGGGUCACAGAAGAACCAUAUGUUCCUGGUGACAUGAACGGUGUAGGGUUUAAGCCCUUUGAUAUGGUCAUUCCUUUUGCAGUAAGAAAAGGAGAAAUAACAGGGGAAGUUCACAUGCCUUCAGGGAAGACUGCUACCCCAGAAAUUGUGGAUAACAAGGAUGGCACAGUAACAGUCAGAUAUGCUCCUGUUGAGGUUGGGUUGCAUGAAAUGCAUAUCAAAUACAUAGGUAACCAUAUUCCAGAAAGCCCCCUACAGUUCUAUGUGAACUAUCCCAACAGUGGAAAUGUGACUGCUUAUGGACCUGGUCUUGUCUAUGGUGUAAGCAACAAGCCUGCGACUUUCACCAUAGUCACAGAAGAUGCUGGUGAGGGUGGCUUGGACUUGGCAAUUGAAGGGCCUUCAAAAGCUGAGAUUAGUUGUAUUGAUAACAAGGAUGGCACCUGUACAGUCACCUACCUGCCGACACUUCCAGGAAACUACAGCAUAUUGGUCAAGUACAAUGAUAAACACAUCCCAGGAAGCCCUUUUACUGCCAAAAUCACAGAUGAUAGUAGAAGGCGUUCCCAAGUUAAACUUGGCUCUGCUGCUGACUUCUUGUUGGACAUUAAUGAAACUGAUCUUAGCCUCUUGACAGCCAGUAUUAAAGCUCCAUCUGGCCGUGAUGAACCUUGUCUUCUGAAAAGGCUACCCAAUAAUCACAUAGGAAUUUCAUUCAUCCCACGGGAGGUGGGAGAACACUGGGUCAGUAUUAUAAAGAAUGGAAGUCAUGUUCCCAACAGUCCUGUGUCCAUUAUGGUGGUUCAGUCUGAGAUUGGUGAUGCAAGCCGAGCAAGAGUUUCAGGACGUGGUUUGGUAGAAGGACGUACAUUUGAAAUGUGUGAUUUCAUCGUAGAUACAAGAGAUGCAGGCUAUGGUGGGAUAUCGCUGGCAGUUGAAGGUCCUAGUAAAGUAGAUAUCCAGACAGAAGAUCUAGAUGAUGGGACCUGCAGAGUGUCAUACUUUCCGACAGUGCCUGGUGUCUACAUAGUCUCUACCAAGUUUGCUGAUGAACAUAUUCCAGGUAGCCCAUUUACUGUGAAAAUAAGUGGUGAAGGAAGGGUGAAGGAAAGCAUCACACGUACCCAACGAGCUCCCUCUGUGGCAACUGUUGGCAGCUUGUGUGAUCUUAACUUAAAAAUUCCAGAAAUAGAUAUUGGUGACAUGUCAGCUCGUGUAACUAGCCCAUCAGGAAGAUCUACUGAUGCUGAGAUAGUAGAGCAUGAUAAAGAUACCUAUUGUGUCCGCUUUGUACCACAAGAAAUGGGGGUCCAUACUGUGGAUGUGAGAUAUAGAGGACAACAUGUGCCAGGAAGUCCAUUUCAGUUCACUGUUGGACCACUUGGUGAAGGAGGAGCCAAUAAGGUCAGAGCUGGUGGUCCUGGACUGGAACGGGCUGAAGCAGGCAUCCCUGCUGAAUUCAGUAUAUGGACAAGAGAAGCUGGUGCUGGCGGGCUUUCAAUUGCAGUUGAAGGGCCAAGUAAGGCAGAAAUUGCUUUUGAGGACCAUAAGGAUGGAUCAUGUGGUGUAUCAUACACUGCUCAAGAGCCGGGUAACUACGAAGUAUCUAUCAAAUUCAACGAUGAGCAUAUUCCAGAAAGUCCUUACCUGGUUCCUGUGAUAGCUCCUUCAGAUGAUGCUCGUAGGCUCACUGUUAUGAGCCUUCAGGAGUCUGGCCUGAAAGUUAACCAACCAGCAUCCUUUGCCAUAAGGCUAAAUGGGGCAAAGGGCAAGAUUGAUGCUAAAGUGCAUAGUCCAAUAGGCGCUGUGGAAGAAUGUCAUGUUUCUGAACUGGAACAAGAUAAAUAUGCUGUUCGCUUCAUUCCACGUGAAAAUGGCAUUCAUUCUAUUGAUGUGAAGUUCAAUGGGAGCCAUGUUGUAGGCAGUCCUUUCAAAGUUAGAGUGGGGGAGCCAGGUCAAGCGGACAGCCAAGCACUUGUUACUGCCUAUGGUCCAGGUCUUGAAAGUGGCAUAACCGGGUUACAAUCAGCAUUUACAAUAAAUACUACAAAAGCUGGUCCUGGUACCCUUGCUGUUACAAUUGAGGGUCCAUCAAAGGUCAAAAUGGAUUGCCAGGAAGCUCCAGAGGGCUAUAAAGUAAUGUAUACACCUAUGGCUCCAGGGAACUAUCUAAUUGGAAUUAAAUAUGGAGGACCUAAUCAUAUAGCUGGUAGUCCUUUCAAGGCAAAAGUGACAGGUCAGCGGCUAGUUAGCCCAGGCAUCUCAAAUGAAACUUCCUCAAUCAUGGUGGAGUCUGUGACCAGGUCAACAACAGAUACCUGCUACCGUGCCAUUCCCAAAUCUUCAUCUGAUGCAAGCAAAGUUACCUCCAGGGGAGCGGGGCUUUCACGAGCUUUUGUGGGUCAGAAAAAUUCUUUUUCUGUAGACAGCAGCAAAGCAGGUUCCAAUAUGUUAUUAGUUGGUGUCCAUGGACCUACAACUCCUUGUGAAGAAGUAUCUGUGAAACACUUGGGCAACCACCAGUACAAUGUGACAUAUGUUGUCAAGGAGAAGGGUGACUAUAUUCUGGCUGUGAAGUGGGGUGAAGAGCACAUUCCUGGAAGCCCAUUCCAUGUCACUGUUCCAUAAGAUCAUCUUGUGUCAAAGUUCAACUUUUCUACCACUGCAAUCCUGUUCAGAAAUAGUAUUUUCCAGACUGCAGAUCACAUUUUAACAUACCCCAAACUAAAUUCUGUAACUAUUUUUAGUGUAUUCCAUUUGUCUUGAGUAUCAUUGCUAUAAAAUGCAAUACCCUCUUUAAAUUGCAUAUUUCUGAAUCAACAUGCAAGAAUCAUGUAAUGACAGGGCACUAUCCUUUUGUGGGUUUUAGAAUUGUCAUGCUAAACUGGAAUUUGUCUUGGAUAAUUGGGUAUCUUAAACUACUGAUUUGUGAUGGACUCUUGACUGGAAACUCUACAUUUAGCUGUAGAAGAUCACUUAGGCCAUUGCUAGUUUACAGUUUGUAAGAAAAUGAGGUGAAACUGAUACUUAAUGUGCCUUUUUGUAUACUUGAUUGACUUGAUACCUAACAAUGAACUCAAAAUAGUGUUUACAGCAGAACACUAAAACAGACAGAAUAUUUGGCUGUUGAUAUUUAGGAGAAAGUAGGAAACUGUAUAAGGUCAGCUGGUUAACCCAGGUAUAUCCAACCAAAAGGUUAUGAAAUCAUUUCUGAAAGUUUUCAUCAGGAAUGCUUUGAGUGGUUUACAAUGCUCACUUGCUUUAACCACAGUGGGUGGGGUGGGGUGGGGUGGGAGGUUGAAUUGAUAUUUCCAAGUUCUCAAAGUCACAAUCAGUUACAGCACUUCAGAAACAACUUGCCAUAGAUCUUAUUCUGUAUUUGUUCUAUGUUUAUCCCCUUAAUGCUUGGAAUAAGAAAAUAAGCACAUGACCCUUCCAGCUGAGGAAAUAAAGUAUUUUAAAGAACAUUCCACACAUGCAACUAACAGUUAAGACAAAGCUGCUAUGGCUUUUAGUAGACUUUUCCCCCCAAGCUUUAAAAUGUGCCUAAUAGAGGAAGAAACUUAAUAGGAUUUCCUCCCCCUGUUUAGCAAGAGAUUGCUACCUGGUCAGCUUUAUUUUUGUAGUUGUGUAUCAUUGCACUAAGUCUGAGCACAGCUUCUUGUGGGAGUAGAGUACCAGGAUUUUUUACUGUGCUGUGUGCCUUAAUGUGAAAUACUCACUACAUUGUAAACUAUAAGGAAAGGCAAAAUAAACUGGAACAAAUGCAAGAUUGUAAUAUUGUAUCUUAUAACUUAUUAAAACCAUGAGUGUUUUGCUUCAUGAAAUAAAAUGUGCAUGUUAAAACUAA